AUGACCAAGGUUGUACUCAUUACCGGUGCUAGUCGAGGCAUCGGGAAAAGACUGGUGGCGCAGUAUCUUGCCCGUCCAGACACGACCGUGAUCGCAGCCGUACGGGACACGACAUCCGCGAGCGCAGAGCAGCUGGAGACUCUGCCUAAGAGCAAAGAUGGAUCCCGCCUCAUAGUCGUUCGACUCGCAGCAGAUGAUGCCCAUGGCGCGAGAGAGGCAGCCUCGGAGAUUCAGAAGCAGAAUGGCCUGGAUCACAUUGACAUCGUUAUCGCCAAUGCGGGUAUAUGCGAUCACUGGGGCCCAGUCUUGGAAGCCGCCGAGGAGGAGGUGAGGUCGCACUUGGAAGUUAACACCCUGGGGCCUCUUCGUCUCCUCCAAGCCAUGGCACCCUUGCUAAGCAACGCGAGUGCGCCGAAAUUUAUCUAUAUUUCAACGCUACUUGCCAGCAUUGGUGGGAUUGGCCAGACGUAUACCCUUACGGGCCCGUAUGGAAUGUCCAAGGCGGCCGGAAACUACUUGGUCAGGAAGGCUCACGCGGAGAAUGAGCAUCUGGUCACCUUGUCUAUCGAUCCUGGCCUUGUACAGACAGACCUGGGCAAUCGCGCGGCCCAGUAUUAUGGGUUGGACGAGGCUCCAGUGACGCUGGAGGACAGUGUUAGCGGAAUAAUGACACAGAUCGAAACAGCCACAAAGUCGACCACUUCUGGCAUGUUUGUAAAUACCAGCGGAGAAAACGUGGCUUGGUAG